AGGCAAUAUACGGAGGCAAACUUAUAGACAUUUCAAUUAUAUUUCAGAGGUUUAACUUUUAUCUUUUUGAAGUAAAGAGAUAUAGAUAGAUAUUAGUAGAUUGACUGUGAUAGUUUUCUGACAUUGAAUCUUAAAGGUUUUUCCCUUAGUUAGAAGGAUUUACUAUAGGAGUUUAGUUUUUUUUUGCGGAAGUAAGAAUACUCAUCAUAGAGAGGAAAAAGAUAUUAUAGAGAGGGUUAGUACCAUUAAUAUUUUUUAUUUUACCACUUCCCUUAUUGAUAGACAUUUGUGAUCUGAGUUUAGACAUAGACUUGAUCAAUUGAUUGAGAUGACUCAAGAUAACAUUAGGGCACCAAUUCCCAGGAAGCCAUCAGCAGAUCCACUUGAGAGAUGCAAUUCACUGUUUGAAACUGGACACGAGGAGAACUUGGCUGAUGACAAAGCUGAACUUACGUCAGGGAAUCUUGCCAACAAAUCAUCUUCGACUUUUGGUGCACCAGGUCAUUUCCGGUCGUUUACGCCUAGCGAAACUUCGACGAAUAGAACCAAGCAACCGCACUUACGGCAUCAGUUGAGAAGACCAUCUUAUUGUAGUCUAGAACAAGCUAGAGAGCAUCAUUAUAACCUUGAUUAUCCAGAGAAUUGGGAUGAAAUAGAAAAACUUCAGCAUGAUCCAAACUCUCGGUUUUAUGCUAGAAAGAGACCAAGAACACUUAAUCUUCCUCGACUCUUACCGUAUCAAACCGAGUCACCGAGUGACCAGGCUAAAUUCUUAAGCCAUAUUGUGUCACACUUGUAUAUUUCCAUUUGUACUUUAGAUAUUCAGGGAUCACUCUCCGUUACCGUUAAAGAUUUAGCGUCAGUGAAGGCGAAUUUAUCAGAUGUUGAUGUUGCAUUGGAAACUAAUUUGUUUGAAGCUACAUCUGAAGCAGCAGCAGCAGCAGCAGCAGCAGUGGCAGCAACCACCUCCAUGGGUGGCUCAUCCGAUCAUAUGGACGAUGAAGCAAGUAAUUACUUUUCUGUAGAAAACCUUGGUGGGGAUUCAGAUACGGAAUAUGACGAUGAAGAGGAAGAUGACGAAGAUGAUGAAGAUGACGAUGAGGACGAUGAUGACGAAGAAGAUGGACAAGAAUCUGCAAUUCAACACAAAAAAUCACCAAAAUCUGCUGCAGUCGUUGGUGUGCGUAUUUGGACACAUGAACUCUUGGUAUGGCUCAAGAUGAAAUACGAAAUGCCAGUAAAAUUGAGAAUUGCUCUCGCGAGAGUUUAUUAUGCCAUUUGCUUAUCUCGUGGGCAACAUAUUAAUUUGAGAACUUAUGUGAAAACCUUCCAAGUGUUAACAAAGGACCAGCUCUUCUUGAAGGAACAAGGAUUAAGUCUCCCAUGGGAAGCCUUAUGUAGUGAAUUGGAAAGUCAUUUACCUGCAAUAGAUGACGACCAUGAACAGCUUGAAAAGAAAGAACAAAAGCUGCUUCUUAGACUCGCAGAGAAGGCAUCACCAUUUUUUGAUAAAAGUGCAUUACCCCAAAUUUAUUCUAGAUUGGGAAGCAAGUUCUCUCUUGCAAAUGUAUCCAAUGUUUUAGCAUCUAUGUCAUUACUUCCAAUUUCAUUUACCGAAGGUGGAGUGGAUGAUCCAUUUGACAUUCGUCAUUACAUAUCUUCAUUUUUCUAUAUGUGGUCGAAGUUAUAUAAAAAUUCUGCAUUUUUUGGGGAUUUACAUCUUGCCUCAAGAUUAGGAACGAUUUCCAUGGCUGCACUCACUGAAAUGGCUCACCGUGAAAAUAAAAAGGAACUUCAACUUGGUGCCGGAGUAUUUUCAGCUGACCAAAUGGAUUAUAUUUUCAAUACUUUGAUGAAUAGUUUGAGUAUUAUGAAUGAGAAAUAUGCUUCAAUGAAGGCUUCAUUCUUCCAUGGUUAUUCCUCUGCAAUUAUCUUUUCCAUUAAGGGACUGACUGCAUUGGAAAGAGAUGGUAUUAUCAAGAAACUUCAAGUUCUUCUCAAUGCAAUCGAAAGUUAUAUCCAUCCUUCCAACAGUGGAGAAUGGUCUCGUUCUAUUUCGAAGUUAAUCUUAAGUUUGAUCUACCAGUUCCAUAAACGUUACAACACAGAAGUUCAAGAAUAUGGUACUUUAAAUUCUUUACCUGAAGAAUUCAAGCUUGGUAGCGAUGUGACCACAAAAUUUGUAGAGGUGUUUUUACCACUCAUUAGAAUUGGUGUACAAUCGAAAAGUGCAAAAGUCGCCGAAGAUUAUCAAACCAGUAUGCAUUUAUUAGCGUAUUUUAGACCAGAAAUGGUACUUGAGACCAUGUUGAUCGACGUCUACGAGUCUCUCGAGGGAGUCAUAUCGACCCACCGGGUUACAGCCGCUCUUCGUACUUUGGAAGAGUUAGCUCGUUAUUUUGCAUCCACCCCAAUUUAUAGAGUUCAUUUAACUAGAUUGCUUCUGUUAGCAUUACCUGGUAUCGAUUCAAAUGAUUUGGAAAAAUCAACAAUUACUUUGAACGGCUUUGCAGCCGUGGCCAACUUUGUACCAUUCCACGAUCUCACUGAAGGUGAAGGUGACCCUUCAUUUGCAAUUCAGUUCACACUGGAACAUUUGGAAUUUUUGCAGCAGAAAUUACUUACCGGUAAUGAUUCGUCGAUAACUUUUGAUAUUGAUACCGAAACGGAAGUGAUGGCUCUCAAAUCAUCUUCCAGUGCCUUUAAGCUUGUUGUGAAAACUCUUUUUGAAAGAGUUUUCUUGUUGGUUGAAAAUAUACCCGAUCCAUCCAAGAGUACAGGUAUCGAGAAACAUUUAUCAGAAGCUUUGCCUAAGUUUUUGUACGUUGUUUUUGAAGCACUUUCAGAUGAUAUAUUCAAGAUGGUUAGCGACCAAUUAUUUAAAUUUAUUUCUGAGAAUACCUUCCAUACCAUUGCUGAUGUUAUUGCCGAAAUUUGCGGAGGAAUCAUUAAACGUGAACCAAAGCUCUUCAAAAAGUUUGCAUUGCAUUUAAUUGAUAGGAUCAAGGAAAGUAUUGAAGAAUAUGGUGCCGGGGCUUCUAGAACAGGUAUCGAAAUUGUUCCAAGAGAUCAACCGUUGUUUUGGAACCUUGUGAUAUUGAACGAAUGUAUUGGAAAUGCAGGUGAGUAUGUUGUUAAUUUGUCUCUGGAAUUGAAGGAAUUAUCCUUCUUCUUAAUGGAACAUGUCAAGGGACCUGCUGUAUUUGCAAGUUCAUACAUGUUGAAUCAAAUGCUUCAAUCUACAACUAAAAUUAGAAUAAAAGAAAGCAGGUUGAUAUCUCCAUCAUACCAAUCACAAAAUGGAAUUGAUGAGAGAUGUUGGGGAGGUUUCCAAUUUGAUGAAAUUAGAUUUAAGCCUGAAAAUGUGGAGUUUUCCUGGUUUAUCCCAUCAAAAAGAGAAAUUAAAUUUGCUGUUGAUUGUUACAGUGAGCACGCUUCAAAGAGUUUAAAUAAUAUUAUGACUCUUAUGAAGAAAUUCUCCCAGAACAAAUCAGAUGAUGCUAAUGAUUCUAUUCAUCUUACUGAUGAACUUCGUCUGAAUCUAUUAUACUUGGGCUAUUCAGUAAGUGGGAUCUCUUACUUGUUCGACCCAUCUUUUGACGAAGAUAUCCCCAAACUUAGUCAACAUCAAACUCAAACGAUUCAACAAAGACUCGUCUUACUCAACCAAAUUCGUCAAAUGAAGAGCAGUGGAAAUAAAUCCAACCAUGGCAAAGACGAAUUAAGAAUUGAAAAUAUACACGAAAAUUUACAACGUAUUGUCGAAGACUUAGACAACAAUUCAUCUCAGGUUGGGUUGGAUUUUGAAAAACUAGAAGAAGAAUUUAGCACAAGUAGAAAUUUAGAUGUUGCCAAUGACAAUAAAAGGUCCGAAUUUGCUACUCCAGAACCAUAUAAUAAAUUGGAUAAUUCUGAAGACGUUGAUAUGCUACACACAAGACUGGACUCUUCUGGAUCUUCGGUGGACGCUUCCGCACGAACAAGUCCAAAAAUCGAUAGUUUGGAUAUGUCAACUAUGAAUCCUGGUAUUACUUUUAGAGAUCAGAAACUCUACACAUCGAAUUAUAUUUUUGGAGAUGAUGUUGAAACCAGAAAAUCCAGUGAAUUAUAUUUGAAAGUCCACAGAAUCCGUCACUUGAUCGGUAAGAGUUUACAUAUAAUUUGCAAGUUUCUUGUUGCUCAUUUCAAGGAGAAUACUAAACUUUUCAAACAUUACUUAUACGUGUUAAAUAUUUGGUUCUCAGACGUUGGGAGAGAAAGAUUGUUAGACUUUAGUCAUGCAAAGAUCAAUGUUGGAUAUGUUUCCGCCUUGCAACAUAUCAAUAAGGUCAAAAAGCCAUUUACGAGAAUUGCAAUUGGUGCCAGAUUAGAAGCAUAUCACCUGUUAAGAGUUGUGCUUCAUGCAACAUCAAGAACCCAAACGGAUCUUGACAAGAUGUUGCUUGAAGAUGUGGUUAAGUUGUGUUUUUCCACAUACUCAGCAAUUUCCAAGCCUGCCCAAGAUGCUCUAGUAGACGCAAUGAAGAGAUUAAACGGCUCUUACAAUGUACUUGUACGCUCUUCACUUAAGCUUCUUUCCAAAGCGGUGGACGAGAAAGACUUCAAAAAAAUCGAAAGUGGUUUGCGAACAUUUGGUAUCAAGAGAAUUAAGAAUAAGAUUCAGAAUGAUUAUUUUAAUAUUCAAAGAUACGUCGAACUAUUACAUAAGUGUUUGUUAGUGGACAAUCUAGAAGUGAACGCAUUGGCCCAAAAAUUGUUCAAAGGAGUAUACAACAACAUCUCCCCGCCCAGCAGUGUUUGUAUCGUUGAUAUGAGUGAGAUUGAUAGUAUCAGACCUCCCGAUGAAUACAUUGACUUGGAAAUUAAUGUUGUUAGAUUGGCGAAGGAAACGAAGCGUAAGAUCUACUUUGAUAAACUUCAAAAAUUUGAAAGAAGUGUACUUGAAAACGAAAAGACAAAUUCACAUUGGAAAUCUACUUCUCUUAAUUUAUGUUUGCUUAUCAAUUUACAACUUGACUUGGAAAUUCCUGUUAACAAUGACGUGCUUCAAAUUUUAGCCAAGGAGGCCUCAAAUGAUCAUCCUAUUAUUGCAAGGUUGGCAAUGAAGGGAGUUACAAAUACAGUUAAUAAGAUCAAAAGAUUACUGGACUUGAGUUAUAACCUCCAAAAUGCAUAUGACUUCAAGUUUGUAUCUAAUGACCAUAUGGUUGUUGAUACAAGACCUAGGCGAGGUAUUUCCUACUUUGAAACUUGGCGACAAGAAUUAAAGUCAGAUUCUCCCAACUACUUUAUUGACCAUAAACCUAAUUCUGGAUGGUUAUUCUGGGACAAAUCUAUGAUGGCUUUGAAGCCAGGGGCUAACAAGGUAGAGCCAUUACGUAUCAAUGAGGUACGUGCAUUGCAGGAGUUAGGAAAGUAUAUUACAAAGGAUUGGUUCCUUGGUAUAGUGAAAUUGUGGGUAGCUGAUAACGAAUCAAAUUCAGCUUUCCAAGCAGCAGAUGUUUUCAUUACCAGAUCUUUAGUCCAAUUAAUGUCAAUGGGAUACGUGAAAAACUUCACUUUUACAGAUUUAUUAUCAAUAGUUCUGGAAAUUUAUGAGAAAGAUGAGAAAAGUGCCCACAUCGUUGUUUGUGAAUUAUUUGCUGGAAUCUUAGUUGCAUCUGGAAGUAUGACUCCUGAAGUAGCUGAAAUUCGUGAUGAGUUUAUCUGCAAAUUCCUUGGUGAUAUCUUUGAGAAUGAUUUAACCCCAGAUAAUCGAGGUGUUUGGAAUAUCUUUUCAUGGUGGCUCCCUUCUCAUGUUGAUGUCAAGAGGUUCCCAAAAAUUAUAGAUCACAUUUUCACAGACUUCCACGUCGAACAAGAUUCGGAUGCAGCCAUCAAGACAGCAACUAGAUUAAAUUUCAUUAAAUCAUUUGGUGCUGCCAUUACUUGGUCGUUCCCAGAUCCCGACAAGAUUGCAAGUAUGGCUCUUGAAAACAUGAGUAAUCGUUAUCAAGUAAUACGUGACCAGAUUGGUUCAUUGUUGGCCAUUUUAUCUUUUGUCUAUUACACUGAUUCAAUUUCUAGCAGCGAAGAAUUCUUGACUCAAUGUAACAACGAUGGAGGGUUAAUAUUUUAUGAAAGGGCCAAAGAGAAUAAAAUUCAUUCAGUCAUCUCUACUCUCUUCGAAAGUGUGGAGACUUCUAGACUAGAAGUCGUGAAUCUUUCUCCGCAGGAAAUUUUAUACUCAGAUUAUAUUUAUGCAACAUCCACCAUCUUGACAUGGUUAGGACAGGUCAUGGCGACAACAGCUGCUGGGUUAUACCAAGAGUAUGUUGAUAUUUAUAUUAUUCCCUUCUUACUCAAUUUGAUUAACAUGAAAGAUGUCUGCCAACUUGGCAACCUUGAUCCUGUCACUGUUUUCAAAAGGGUGUCUCAAAUUCCAUUCCAUGUGAAUACAUUAGAAAGAAUUAUUGUGAUGAUUGAAUCAUACUCAAAAUCGGACUCUCUCAAUGUGAUACAAUCUAUAAUUAUGGGUGAAUUCACUGAGACAUUCUACUUUAAGAAUUUGUAUGGAUUCUCGAAAUCUCAGAGACAAAGAAUUAUCAGUCUUACAAAUAACUUGAUAUACCAUAAAAAUAUUGAAGUUCGUGAAGCCGCGUCAUCUACUUUAUCUGGUUUGAUUCAUAUUUCACCACCCGAUACUGUGGAUGAGUUGGUAAUUAGAUUAAGAAAGAAAUACGCACAUGAUCUUGACUCUACUAGAAAGAAAUACAGAAGUACAGGAUAUAAGAAUUUUACUACCGCAGAUACUAUUACCCUUCACGCUGCCACAUUAGGAUUGGGCCUGUUAAUCCAUGCAUUUCCAUUCUUAUCGCCACCACCAAAAUGGGUUCCAAAUUUGUUAACUAUGGUUGCAAAUAAAAGUUCUGGGAUUCCUGGAAUUGUUGGUAAGACCGCAAAGGAAACAUUGGGUAAAUUUAAAAAGAAUAGACAGGACACUUGGCACCUUGAUAGUAAGGUAUUCAAUGAAGAUCAGAUGCAAGAUCUUGAAGGAGUUCUUUGGAAGAGUUACUUUAUUUAGUUAGCAUGAUUAAAAUAAUAUAUAC